AUGAUUGAAGCAUACAUUGAACAACAUAUUCAAUCGUUUCGUCUGAAAAUUGAACAUCAAAUUGAACCGAUACAUUAUUAUUCUUAUAUACGAGUAUUAAAAUUCAAAUAUGAACGGUAUAAUCCAAAUCAAUAUCAAAUACAGUUAAUCAAACAAAUUUGCCAAACUCAAUCAACAAUAAUUGAAUCGAUUCAAAAUGCAGAGAUUCGACAACAUUUAUACAAUCAAUAUCGUGAAACAGCUUUACAACGUAGAACUAGUUUAUUUCAAUUGUAUCUUACAACAGCUGAAGAUGAAAAGCAGGAAUUCCAAAAGAAAUAUGAAGAGAAUAUGAAGCAAUUACAAAGUGAUGAACGUUUUAUCGAUGGCAAUGCAGACUUUUCUUCGAUUCUAUUUCAAAUCAUCCAUGAACGUUGUGAAAAGAUUCAUGAAAAUAAUAUUCAUGAGCAAAGUCAAGUAUUAAAUCCACAACAAAAGAAAAGAUGUCAUGGCAAUCGAAGAGAUCAACGAUUCCGACGAAAAUGUCGUCAUUGUGGAAUGAGAGCAGCCAAAAUAGAGAAAGUACUUCAAAACCUAAAGCAUGUGAAAACGAACAAGAAGAAGAAAAGUCGAAUAGAAAGCUAUAUGAAUGAAAUGGCACAAUAUGAUCAAGAUUCAUCAAUAAUAGUACCAUCUGCUACAUCAAAACAAUCAACAACAACUCUCACAAAUUUUAACAAACGUAAACGAAAUAUGUCAUAUCAAGGUUUAAAUUCAUAUUCUACAGUGCCAAAAUCAACAAGUUCAGUAUCUAUACUGCAAUCGUUAACGAAAAAGACCAAGCAACAUAUGACAACCACAGCAUUUUGA